CCGGAUCUUGUAGACUGACUUUCGAGUAACGAAUGUUGGAUGACUAGUUGGGCCUGGAACUGUCACAUAAGACUCGCUACUCCCACUUCUUAGCACAUCUCAUUAUUCCAUCAGUUACAUUAUCUCCUCUCCCAGACAAGAUACCUCAAUUCCCAUCUACAACUCCAGCAACAUGGCACCUCAAUUAGCAUUCGUCGGCCUGGGCAACAUGGGAAGGGUAAGAGACAACCACUUAGACACUUAAUGCAGUAAGUCCGCUAAUGAAGCAUCGUAAGGGAAUGGCAAAGAAUCUUGUUGAGAAAGGAGAACUGGAUAAACCUCUCAUACUAUUCAAUCGCACAGAGAAAAAAGCGACGGGUCAGUGCUUGCCAUUUCAUACUGUGAUUCCAUAAGUCAAUAGUCCCUUCUCCUUGAAGAACAUCAAUUUUAAAGAACCAACAAAUAGAAUUUUCUCAAACUUUGCCAUCCGGAAAAUCCGUCGUUGUAACUACCAUCGAAGAAGUGGUCUCCAAGUCAGACAUCAUAUUCACAUGUGUUGGGGAUGAUGCAGCCAUAACUUCAACCAUCGAUACAGCUCUGGCUUCCAACCCAAAAGGAAAAGUAUUCGUCGACUGCUCCACCAUCCACCCAAACACCAGCACCGAACUCUCUAAAAAGAUCACAGAAGCCGGAGCCUCAUUUGUAGCUUGUCCGGUCUUCGGAGCUCCAGCGGCCGCUGAUGCAGGCCAACUAAUCUGCGUCCUCGCCGGACCAAAAGAAAGCGUUUCAAAAGUCAAACCCUACACCAAAGGAGUGAUGGGUCGAGCAGAUAUCGAUUUCAUCGACGAGCCGGUGGAGAAAGCUCUCCAGUUGAAGAUUGUGGGAAACACAUUUGUAGUCAAUAUGGUUGAGGCGUUAUCUGAGAGCCAUGUGUUGGCCGAGAAGUGUGGACUAGGGACUGAGCAUCUUCAUGGUUUUGUGGAUGCUCUGUUCGGAGGCCCUUAUGCUACUUAUUCGACCAGAAUGUUAUCGGGCGAUUAUCAUAAACGAGAGGAGCCUUUGUUUGCGGUUGAUCUUGCUAGGAAGGAUGCGAGACAUGCUAUGGAUUUGGCUAAAACUGUAAGUCAUUGCCUUUUCACUUUUAUCUAUACAAUUUUUGCUUUUGGACACCCAAUUUUCUCCUUUAUAUGGGAUUGUUAGCGCUUGAAUAGGAGCUGCAGUGCAUUCCGAGAUCCUAGAAGCUCGAGCAUAGUGGCCCCACGAGAAGGUCAUAUCUUAUGACUUUGACUGCUCAAAACCGAAACUAACUUAUGGUGAUAUAGGCUGGCACAAGAAUGCGAAUGGUUGAGGUAGCCGAUGCCCAUCUAGUGCAGGUAAAGGAGCACAAGGGAGAGAAAGGCGACAUCGCGGCCAUUUAUGGCGCUGUUCGUAAGGAGGCCGGGCUCAAGUUUGAGAAUAACAGUUGAAUGGAAAGUGGCUCGGGAAGCUGGGUGAGGUAUAACUGUGUAGAAUGGCAUUGAUAUAAAUUACGGUAUCAUAAAUCAUGAUAGCUCCCUAGCC